AUGCCAUCCGUGGAAUCGUCAAUCAGCACUAAACCACCGACUGUUUAUACGAAUGGAGUGGUUAAAACAAUGACAAAAGCAGAAAUGAUUCUGAAGAUGGUAAUGUCAGAGACGAACUCAGCAGAAGAUUUUGUGUCUGCAUAUUCGCGAUUGUUACCCGAGUCAGAUUCAUCGGAGCUGCAGAAAGUUCUCGAAAUGAAGGCGAUACGACGGCAAGAGCAAACGUCAAUCAUCCAGCUCUAUCGCACGCAAAUAGAAGGACAUUCGCCUGCAACUUCGAAUCUUAAUUCA